CAUUUUUUCUUUCUUUUGUAUUGUUUCAAUCUCACAUAUCGCGAAAACGCUAUCAUUACUGCUGCUCAUAGAUAGUAAUAUCAUGAGUACUGAAAAUGACAUAGAAACAUUGUCUAAAAUAUGUCUUAAUGGAAUUUGUCACUGUGAUUGGCGUUUGACUCUACAGGAUUGCGUAGAACAGAAGGCAAUGAUGAUCAUACAUGGAAUAAACAUCGGCUUGUCUGGUGUUUGUGUUGUGUUGGGUACCAUCUAAACUAACAUGGUAUUUUGCAUGUGAGAAGUCUCUCUUAAAACUCUUUUUCGUACAAAUGACAGGCACCCUAUUACUCGGUCAUCGCUUAUUUGUGAAAGGACAUAGAUUGUUUGACAUAAAUAUUUCACAAGGUUGCUUUCGGCCCAAGCCCAUCGAUUGUAUGCUCACCUUCAUCAUCAUUUUCAACGCAUUACGGUUACUUUCCAGCACUAUUUUGAUUGCUGACAUCGGUCCCGACAUGAUAUCGCGAGCUUUUAUGUAUGAAUUUCCUUGGCAAUUUGGCUUCGGAGCUUUCGCUUUAUACUUGAUCGGUAUUGCUCGAACAUUGGCAGAUAGCCACAGAGUUAUUGCCAAUAGUUGGCUACCAUCACCGCGUUUAGUUGAUUUCAUAGGAGGUACAAUCUUUUUAGCACCAUUCAUCAUCAAUAAUGUGAUGUCCCUUGCCGCGGGCAUUUUAGCUGAAAGAGACCUUGGGCUAGCACAAACUUUUACGCGAUUGCUCUAUAUUAUGUGGUUCAUUCACUGUUCAGGUUUAUCGAUCGCUGUAUUUUUCUCCGGAUAUCGGCUAAUUCGUAUACUUGAAGAGCAUCUAGAGAAGUUUAAGGCUACUGGACCCCGUUAUGUCAGUGUGAAAACUGGCAUUUUUAAAAUUCGACUUGUCAUGUCAAUUAUUGUCACCUGCUUAUUGAUGUUUGCAGUAUUCUUGUUGGUGUUUGGUAUCCUUCGUGAAACAAUUAUAAUCGAUACAAUAGGGUCCAUAGUUCUGGGUGGUAUCUGGAACUUUUUAGGUGCUGUAGCCACUCUAGGUGUAGAAUUUGCAAUUAUCUUCAAUCCAAAAAUUGACGAAAGUAAUUCCUUGGGUUUGAAAUCCUCAAGCGCUGAGAAAUCAACCAGUCAAACAGAUCAAUACGCCAUCUAUUCCAACUUUUCACCACAAGAAUAUUCUGCUGUAGGCAGUAACAAUGGAAAACAGGCGGAAGGAGGAGGCAAUAAUACUGCUUUCGACGAAUUAAAGCUACAACAACUCCAAUACCAAAAAGUUUUCCAGAAACACAACAACCAUUUAUUGCCUCACAAUUCUCCUGAAUCGCGUAUUAGUCAAAUACAACAGCAAAGGCAUGCGGACACUCCAGCCUUCUCAGACGCUGCUAAUCAAGCAAUUACACCUAAAAACAGUUUUACAAAUACGUGUGUUUUCACUGAAGAGAAGACUUCUGAUGCUAGUCCGGAUGACAAGCAUCUUUUUCAGUAUAGUCGUCAUCAAUCUCACCAUCUUGAUGAUGAACGCGUUUUUGAUGAUGGUGAAAAUUCACAAAUGGACCUCGUAGAGUAUGUGGCGAAAUACUAGGUCAAUUUAUCUCAUUUAUCACUAUUCAACAUAUCGAUGGCCCUGCUACUCAUUCCCAUUUGUAAUAUAGUUUAUUCAACAUCUUAUACUCAUUCUCUACGUAUAUAUUCCCCUUUACUUCCACCUUAUUUAUUAAAUCAACUACUACCACUUAUCAUACAACUGUACUAUUAAUAUGAAAUGUCAAUAAACAAAUAUGUAAGCUAUAAAAAAAGCCGUACAACACUAACUUGUCGGGAAUAGCUGACUCUGAACCUGAGACGCUCAUAAUUCGCUUAUAUAUCCUUUAACUGUCAUAGCAAUUCUUGAAUAUGCAGUGAAACUUAUAGUUAGGUCAUUUGAAAAACAACUCACUACUCGAUAUCAUAAGAAGAUCUUCACAUGUUAUAUUCACGUCAAGAAAU